AUGGCGGGGGCCCGGGAAGAAGCGGGAGACAGCCGGCUGGUGGCAGGGCGGGAGCCGCAGCCGCCGCGCAUCAUCACAGUAACAACGAAGACACCACAGGAACGCCAGGAGUUCACCCUGGCAGAGAACUGCAGUGUUAGGGAGUUCAAAGAGCAGAUCUCAAAGCGUCUUAAUUAUGAUGUGAACCGUCUGGUGCUCAUCUUCACAGGGAAGAUCCUGCGAGACCAGGACACACUGAACCAGAGGGGAGUCCUCGAUGGCACUACCGUCCAUCUGGUGGUGCGGUACCGCUUCCCUGGAUUCACCCGCUCAUGCCAUACGCCUGCCACACCUGCCUCACCUCCCAUGUCUGGCACACAUCCCACCUCAAACCAGCCUCUUCCAGGUAGCAACAUCCCCGGGUCUUCCCCGAGCUCAGUGGCUUCUGGUCUGCUGGCCAGGCUGGGACGCAUAGCCCGAGGCUCACCGGAUCUGGCCGAUUUCCUUGGCCAUCUGACUCAACUCCUCAUGGCGGUCCCUGAAGCUGUGGUGCAAUUCCUGGAUGAUCCAUCCAUACAAGGUCUACUGGGUGAAAACCCGUCCAGCACCAACCCUUCUCCUGGCACUGGCCCCGGGCGGCUGAUAGGUCAGCCACAGCAGGCUCCACCAGCCCACACAGCUGAGACCGUGCCUGAGGCCCUGAGGAGCCCUGCCCUGCUAAGGGAAUUGUUGAUGCUAAGAGCAGAUGAGAGAGGCCUGGGGGCUCUGAAGGCGGUUCCUGGGGGUGACAAUGCCCUAAGACAGGUCUAUGCAGAUAUCCAACAGCUGAUGCUCACAGUCCCAGCUUCAUCGCCCCGGGCCAAGGGCCCAACGUCCUUGUCUGGUCCUUCUACUAACUCUUCUACAGCUGGAACUCUUAGGCUGGGGAAUGUGUGGCCUGGGACUCAGGGCAGGGUUCUGGGAAACUCAUCACGGGGAAACUCAUAUAGUUCUAGCAUGCCCAAUCUGUUCAUGGGUCUAGGACCUGGUUCACAUGAUGUGACCCCAAAUGUAGGCAAAGAUUCCCUGCCUGGCCCAUCCCUACCCUCUACGGCUGCCCUGCGGAAUGCCCUGCACGCACUGCAUCAGAACCCAGCCCUGCUGCACCAGCUCACUACUGGCAGCCCUUUAAGGCCCCGUCUGCCCUUGCUGCCUAUCCUCACUAAUCCUCGGGCUCUACAGGCUUGGCUGCAGAUUGAACAGGGCCUGCAGACGCUCUCCAUGGAGGUUCCAGGUCUGGGACCCUGCCUUCGGGGUUCCGGAAGGCCCAGCGGGGGCCAUGGGGUGGGUAUGGCGGGUGGGUCAAACGCUCGGGUGUCCACCCAGCAACCCACCCUAGCUGUGCUGCAGCUCCUCCAGUCCUUGGCCCACGCAAGCCCCACUACCCUUCAGACCUCACCACCCCCUCCACCACCGCAAAGGUCACCACCUCCAGCUGAGGGCCGCUUCCAGCAGGAGUUGGACCAACUGAAGGCAAUGGGCUUCACCAACCGUGAUGCCAACUUGCAAGCGCUUAUUGCUACUGGUGGAGACAUCCAUGCCGCUAUUGAGAGGCUAUUGGGGCCGGGGAUCCCCCAGGCCUAG